UUUUUACAUAUCCACGGCACCGUUUAAGCUAAACGCCGUACGGACAACGGCCCCUGCUCACGCAUAUGACAGGGCUCAGAGCACAAAUUAAAAUAAGCGAAAUGAAUAUUGAUAUCGGUUUCGAUAUUGAAAUAUUAAUCAGCUUCCAAAUAUUCAUAAUUCAUGUCGUGUUGACAGUGAUGAAUAACAAUUGUAUGGCAUUGUAAUUUCACGACUCAAAUAUAUAUCAUUAAAUUUCAUUUCGGACUUCCAGUGGCAAAAACAUCUAACGAGCCAAAACGGACUUGCUUACUGAGUGAUAGCUUGCCAAUCAUGCGAGACGACGGAAUCAUUCGUCUUGGCACAGCGUGUUUUUCUGAUGUCGUAAAAGAUAAUCCGAGAUCAAGUUACACAAGGCUAUUAAAGAAGAACAUUCGAUGAACAUUUAAUUCGUUAUUACGAAAUAAGCACGAUUGAAGUUGUCGAAGUCUAAUGAGGUACAAUCGCGUUGCUUCGACCGGGAGGCGACGGGCACGACGGUUCGACAUUUUGAAGCGUUUGUCCGACAAGUGCGAGUCAUUUUAAAGCGUGCAGUGCAGUUUAUAUACACACACAAUGGACGAGAAACGUGAUAGACCAGACAUGAAUCAGAUGAAAGACCUUAUGACAUGCCCUGUCUGUGCACAGCUGUUUCGGGAACCAAAAAUUCUACCAUGCUUACAUUCCUUCUGCAUGCCAUGCUUGGAAGGUUUGGUCUCCUUCGACGCCCAACACCGAUCAUCCCUAAUAUGCCCUCAAUGUCGCAGGAGAGUACAGAUUCCGGGUGAAGGCGUUUCAUCCUUGCAAACCAACUUGUUCGCCCAGAACAUGUUGACGGUCAUUGCACUGGACAACUCCUCUGUGAAUCAGAUAAGUUGUGAGAACUGCAUCAGCAAGGAACCGCCGGUGUCCAGGUGCACCCUGUGUCGAAAAUUCCUCUGCAAUUUCUGCACGACCGCGCAUCGCCGUUCGCGUGACACGGUCGAUCACCAGCUGUCGAGCUUGGAAGACGUGCGUUCGUGCCUUCCGGGCGAACUUGCCAAGCCGUUGUUCUGUAGCGUGCACAAGAAGGAGAAGCUGGUGUUGUAUUGCGAGUCCUGCCAGAGUUCUGUUUGCAGAGACUGUACAAUGAUGGAACAUCGCAGUCACAAAUACGCAUUUGCGAAAGAGAUCUACAACAAAGAGCGCAGUAAGAUUGCUGAACAACUGAGUGAGGCAAGAUCAACCGGUUUGUUUCUGAAGCAAGGCCUUGCUGCGGUCAGCGAGAUGCGUACGAACGUAGACGAGAGGACACGAGCGAUGAUCAAGGAACUGAACGACAUCUUCACGCAAUGUAUGCGCACGAUCAACGAUCGUUACAGCUUCCUCUACAACCAGGUGCAAAAUAUCCGCAACGAACGCCUGCUCCACUUGGACGCACAGAAGUCCGAGCUUGAGUACGCAUUCGGCUCCAUCCAGAGCAGCAUCGGAUUCACCGAACUGACGUUGCGCAAUAGCACCCAAGUUGAAGUUCUUGCUAUGAAGAAGUAUAUCAUGGAUCGUAUGAAGGAACUGACUGGUGCUCAGUAUAACUGCAUCCCCGUCGCUGACGACAACAUUCGCCUGACGGUGGACAGCACCGUCAUGCAACUUCUCUCCCAGCUCGGACGAGUCGAAGACACGAACACAAGUCCUUCAUCGUCGGUCGUUAAGGGAAUGGACGCGCCGGUCGUUGCCCGUCAGAUGGCCAGCUUCCUUGUGCAGUGUUACGAUGGUCGUGGAAACCCACGAAACAAAGGCGGUGAUCGCAUCGUGGUGACCGUGCAGUCCGCGGACGACAGCUCGUUGCACAUCAAGAGCGAGAAAUGCUUCCAAGCGCAAGUCGUUGAUCGGCAGAAUGGUUGUUAUUCCGUGACCUACACUCCGAUCAACAGUGGCGAACACCUCAUCACGGUGUUCAUAAACGGAAUGGUGCUCAAGGGAAGUCCAUUUUCGGUGCACGUACAAGAGAACGCUAGCGCCAUCCAAACCCCUGUCACGACCCCACUACCGCCCACUUCUCAAUCUCACGUGGACGACCCGUCUACGCUAGCCGACCCGCUGCUUCAAUUUGUAAAUUCGUCCGAAGCGUUCGAAGUCGAGCCCAACCGCUCGGAAUCAAAGCGCCGGGAUGACGAACGCGAGGAAGGCAUGAUUAAUGCGAAGAAAUUCAAACUUGAACAAAAUGACUUUGAUUCACUUCCGGAUCAAUUGUUUGCCCAUUCACCACCCGAGACGAUUCGUAUCAAGCAAGAGCAUGUCGAUACGCCGUGCGUUCCAAGCCGUUGCAGUUUGGACGCAGAUACCCACGUUUCAGCGACAUUGGUUGGAGAGACAUCCUCUCAAAGCAUGGGUAAAGCCGAUAGUACGCCAAGUGAACCGGAUGUGGGAGAGAAACAAGUCGAUUCUCCGUCGGAAACAUUGAGCGCCAACUUCUUAAGCGAACAUUUGGAAGAAAUAUCAAACGCUCACGAUUUCAAAGGAAAGUUCGCCGAUUCGGUGAUGCUGGACGAACAGAUCAGGGCCCAAAAUUCUGAAAGUUACAUGAAGCUUCAUUCCCCAGAUUUUCCGAUGGAUCACCUGAAUAGCAACUACAACGGUCCGCCAUCGCACGAUAAUCCGAGCGAUUCGCCAGCACUUCAUAUCCCCUGCCAAAUCAACACGCCCGAACACGAGUUUAACCACGUCGAAAGAAAUGACGAGAUCGAGAAAGAUUUGUCCGCAGAUCUCAAGUCCGAGUUCUGUGAGUCAGGGUCGCCCGAGGGCGACACACCGUUGGACGGGGAGUCGGCAAAUGCAACCGAUACCGAAGAGCUCGUUGAGGUGGCAAUGGCACCCGUUGCCGAAUCCGAUAGUAUGGAACCCGACAACACGAACGCCGAGGUAACCGGCGAUGACGAACAUGUUUUGGCCGAUAUCAACGACGACGAACCUAAUGAACAAGUGGCCCACUAGAUUGUGUGGUCGAAUAAACGUGAAAAGCCAGCGUCAAAUUGAGGGUGGGGGGAUAAUGGAAUGAUUGCAAACUCGUUCAACGGAGCUCGCUGAUUUAUUUGCUGCCCUGGAACGAUGUUUUGAAAUUUCAGUAAAGUAGUAUACUAUUGUAGGUGUUCCCGGCGCUUUGCAUUGUGCCUGGGAAAUAUUGAGUGUUUUCGGAAAGAUUUUUCAUAUUAACUAUUUAAGCCUCGAUAUCCCGCACAAAUUAAGAUAUGCUAUAACUAUGGCCAAGGUUUCGAUUCGUGUCCUGCCAUCGUUGCAAUAAUUUCAAAAAGCAAAACUUUAGCAUGCUAAGUAACCUAUUUCAGUUUAUCUGAAUAUUACUAAUAGUUUAACCAGUACUUAUGCUUUUGAUCAUUUUAAAUAGUAGUGAUACUGCAGAAAUGCAAUUACCGUAAACUUGUCAAUAUUUUGAAAUCCAAAGAAAGGUUUUUCAUCAAUUUUUUGCCCGAUUUGCGAUGCUGGCCCACGUCGUUUAUUUGGUUUCUUGUAGGAAAACUUAAUUUUCAGUACUUUGAACUUAGUGGCCUUAACAGUUUGAUUUUUGAAUCUUUGAAAUUGUAAUUAGUGCUGUGAUGAAAUAAAAAAUAUUUGUAUGAAUCAUUUUCAUGUUGCAUAAAGUUCAGAAGCAAUGAACUACAAUGGAAUCGAAUGAAACUGCAUUUGCUAGUAUGAAGAAUUUCAAAUUGUCGUAAUAUUCUUAUGUUACUUAGGCCUUUGAGUUCAGAUGUAUUGAACUGUCGUUGUCAGUGGACGUUUUGGCCUGGAACGAUAACUAAUUUGUCUGCAAUCUUUGAAGCCGAAUUAAGGACCAGUUCCAGUCUCUUUUUCUGCUACAUUUUGAUCUCACUGGUUUUUGUCGGCGCAAUAAUUAAACUUUAAGACAAAGGCAACAGAAAUGUACUGGCACUGGUCCUCAAAGAAACGAAUGAGACUGUAUUUAGUGUUGUGACGAAAUAAAACUAAAAAAAAUAUAACCACCCGUCGGAGUAUAUCCCUAAUUGUUGCAUUAAUAGCCUUAAGGUGAUUCUUUGUACUUAAGAUGGCCACCAAAGAAGGUUUUC